GUAGUUGACUCACUGCCCACAAAAGUUCAGUCACACACACACACACACUUUAUCACUCUCACAUCCACUAAGUUUGUGUAGACUUUGUUUUUCCAUCGUACAGGGACAUACACACACACCCUGAAUCUACUUCACAAGACAUCAGCCAGACUUUCAAAAUGGAAAACAAGGCUGAUGUCAAGGCCAUCAUGGCUCGUUUUCAGGGCAAUUCUGAUGAAAGGUCCUCCCCGACUCCAAGACACAAAGCUCCCGUCAACCACACCCUCUCAUCUGGUCCCGCCACACCGCCCAAGAAACCAGUCUUGGAGAGCCUCUCAGGCGGCACUUUAAAUCUAACCCCCAAACCCUCCUCCUACCUUAAAAGCGCAGUCACCACUAAAAGUGACACAGAGGUGCUUGGAGAAAAUAAAACAAAAGCUCUGGCUAGCAGAUUUAGCAAUACUUUGGAUGAGCCGAAAAAACGUUUACCUGACAGAGGUCAUACACCUCUGAAGCCGCUGGAUUCUAAACCUGAAGUAAAAAGUCCUGUACUGAAGCCCAAUCUCAAGCCUACUCUCAGUGCGACCCUUUCAAACCCAAAACCUCCUGGUCCCAAACCUACUCCACCGGGACUCAAGCCUACCUUAGUCAAAGAAGAGCACAGUGAAGGUCCGCCUAUCGAGCGCAACCCCCCAAAAGUGCCUCCGGUGCACCGAAAACCCAACAGCAGCAUUGUCAAAUUACGGCAACAUAGUGAAACCAGCACAGACAAACCUUCCUCUCCAGCAAAUUUCAAGGCUGCCCAAGAGGUUUUCAUCAAGGAGCAAGACAAGUCAGAGUCAGACCUCAACAAGGAGGCAGAGACCUUAUCGCCUGUUAAGUCCAAUCCCGCCGUCCCUCCUCCAAAACCCCCAGCUAGUAAAAAGCCCAGCAUUAAAAAGCCGCCGAUCGCCUCUAUUCCGAUCAACAGCGCUCACACCGAUUCGGAUACAGAGCCAAAACGCAACCCCCUUCCAAACGCCUUCAAACUGGGCCCUGCUCCUGCUAAACCUAAACGACCCCCCGAAGUAGACAUUGACGACUUCAGAAGAGCUGCUGGAAUUUUUACCGGAAAUGGCACUUUCAACAAAACAGCGCCCCCGAUUCCUCCCGCCAACCACACGGGCCGACCUCAGCAGCCUCAAAGUGCACUUCCAAGUCUGCCUGCACGACCUUUGGGAAACAUUGUGCACCAGGAUCAAUCCUAUGACGAUGUUGAUGCUGUGAUGAUCAACUCGCCCUCUCCUCCUCCUCUACCGUCUACAGCUCAUCCAAGCCUCAGGCCCAAGGAAGAAGAGGAUGAUGACAGCGGUGAUAUGUAUGAGCCGCUUGAUGAAACCUGGGACGAAUACGAUAAGCAGAGAGAAAUCGAGGAGAAACGACAACGUGAGGCUGAGAAGAAGGAGCAGAAGGGACGUGAGAAGAAAGAACAAGAAGCUAGAAAGAAAUUCAAGCUUGUUGGCCCGGUGGAGGUGAUUCACCGAGGCAAAGCUCGCGGGGACUACAAAGGCAGUAAGACAGAACUUGUGUUGAAAAGAGGCGACAGUCUGGACAUUAUUCGAGUCCAAGGCAACCCAGAGGGGAAAUGGUUGGGACGAAAGCAUGAUGGAUCCAUUGGCUAUGUGAAGACCGCAUUGAUGGACAUUGACUUUAACAUGUUGAAGAAUCAACCAGCUCAGCACGGCUCUAGAGAUGACAUUGACUAUUACGAUGACGUGGAUGUGGCCUCAUCGGAUAGCAGCGGGAUCAGUGGACAAGGAGUGUUUUUGCCACCACCUCCUGCGGAAAAUAAGGAACUUUACAAUGAUGUCGAUUCAGACUUGGAUGUGAACCCUCUCCAGCCCAGGUCGUUUGUUACAAAGACGUUCGGCCUCCUCAAGAUGUUUGAACGAAACAGCCUUCCGUUCAGCACUAAAGUACUGCCUCCACCCAGUCAGUUUGCACAAGAAGGAAAUCCAGUUGAUGAUGAGAUUUACUAUGACGUUGACGCACCGAGCCAGCCUCCCCUUCCGCCUAUCAGCAGCAUUCCAACCCUGAGAGGUAGAGAUAAGACGGACGAGAUUGACCCAAAGAAGAGCAAAAAGUUUGAGAAAGAAGAGAAAGAUUUCAGGAAAAAGUUCAAAUAUGACGGAGAUAUCCAGGUGCUAUAUCAGGUGACCGUCGACACCGCUCUGGCUAACAAAAAGUGGGGCGGGAAAGAUCUGGCGGUCAGAGCCGGGGAAAAACUUGACGUGAUUGUCAAGCCUGUAGACAACAAAAUGAUCUGUCGGAAUGAAGAUGGGAAAUUUGGCUAUGUUUCAACGUGCCAGAUUUCCAUGGAUGACGGGGAAAUUUAUGAUGACAUUGGCGAUGAUUGCAUCUAUGACAAUGACGAUGAAUGAAGAGCACCUUGGAUCCUAUGUAACUACUUGGAGUGUAAUAUUUAUUUUAAUUGUGCUCAGAAAUCCCCACUUGUACUUACUGUAUGUCUUUUAGAUGUGUCUUUUGGUAACUUAAAAACAGCAGUGUUUUAUCUUAACUUAUUUGAGAGAUUUGUUUUAAAAAGUGUUCUCAGCUAUACGUUUGCAUAAUGAUUUUGUAACAUCCUCAGAAAGAUGAUAUUUACAGUCUCUAAAUCAGGGGUGCUCAUUGCAUCGAACGUGAUCUACCAGUCAACCGCAACACUAGUGUAGGUAGAUGGUGACAUUUGGCAAAAAAAUGUACAAUUAUGUUGUUUGUCCAACAUAUGCGCAGUGGCGCCUCCAGAAAUUUUUCAUAGGGGUGGCCAGAUGGGGCCACUUAAAAUCUUGAGGUGGCCAAAACUAAAAGCCAUAAUUUCAGGUUUUCAUUAUAUUAUUGCAGUAAAAAGGUCAGGGGAAAACUAUCAGAAGGACACGGCUACUGAUAUACUUUGGUGUAUUGUGUAAUAUUUGAUGUUACUAAUGGUUUAAUGUGCAUAGUCCAUAACUGUCCAGUCAACAUUUUGAGUUCCACAACAAUUCUCUUUUAUUGCGUUAUGUAUAUAUUAGGAAUAAGGUGUACAUUUAACUAGGGCUGUCAAACGAUUAAAAUUUUUAAUCGAGUUAAUCACAGCUUAAAAAUUAAUUAAUCGUAAUUAAUCGCAAUUCAAACCAUCUCUAAAACAUGCCAUACUUUUCUGUAAAUUAUUGUUGGAAUGGAAAGAUAAGACAAGACGGAUAUAUACACUCAACAUACUGUACAUAAGUACUGUAUUAGUUUAUUAUAACAAUAAAUCCACAAGAUGGCAUUAAAAUGUUUAACAUUCGAAUAGAAACACUUGUAAUUCUUAAAAGGAUAAAUGCGAGUUUGUAUAUUGUGACUAAAUAUUGCCAUCUAGUGUAUUUGUUGAGCUUUCAGUAAAUGAUACUGUAGCGACUUAACUGUUCUGCCCAAAUGCAUGGUGGGAAGUGGCGCAACCAUGACUGUGUGUGGUGGCAUCAAAUGCUAUAUCUUCUCUGCGUUGGGUACACUACAGGGUGUUGAGAAAAAGAUCAACUCCUGUCAUUCUUCCCCACGUCGCUUCUCACAAUAUUUAUAGGUGCUGUGGCAGAGAUGACAAAGCUUUUGCCAAUUAAAAACACAGCCCCAAUGAAUGCUUGUAUCUACUCCACUCUGCCUCUUACCUCUGUAUAUACUGGACUGUCUCAGGAAAUUAGAAUAUUGUGUAUUCUAAUUUUAUGAGACAGUCCUGUAUAUAUAUAUAUAUAUGUGUAUAUAUAUAUAUAUAUAUAUAUAUAUAUAUAUAUAUAUAUACUGUA